AUGGCGUAUCUACGCCUUCAAAUAGCCGUUGUUGGCGCUGCAACCGUCGGCAAGUCGGCGUUUGUGCAGAUGAUCCACAGCAACGGUGUGACCUUUCCCAAGAACUACCUCAUGACAAUGGGCUGUGACUUUAUUGUGAAGGAGUUGCAGGUGGACGACGAGAACACGGUGGAACUGCUCAUCUUCGACGUCGCGGGGCAAAAGGAGUAUGAAACAAUGAUGCCCACCUACGUGGAGCACGCUGCCGCCUUUAUUCUCAUGUACGACGUCUCGAAUAAACUGACAUUCGAGGCCUGCGCGCGGUGGAUAAAAGCGAUAAAGCACGUAAACAACGACAUGAUUGGAUUCCUCAUAGCAAACAAGAUGGAUCUUGCAGACAAGGCGGAGGUGACGGAGCGCCAGGGCAAGGCCUUUGCACACGCCAAUCAGAUGAAGUUCUACAAGUGCUCCGCGUUGCGUGGGGUAGGCGUUCACGAGCCGAUUGACGACAUUGCAAAGCUCUACCUGGAUGCGUACAACAAGCGUGUCGAGCAGCUUUCCCAGAUGAAGUAG